AAUAUUUUUCGCAGCAAAUGUUAGUCGAUAAACUACGAUUCAACAGUAUAGUGCAUAUUACAGAAGAUGGAUUCUUUGCUGACUCAAUUGAAUAUGUGCAGUGAGCUGAUUGCAGAAGGAACGUGCAACAUGGGCUGGUUGAACGAAUUCUGCGCCACUUUUCUGGACUUUGCCAGCGAACUCAAAGGGAAAUUGCCAGAUAUUUCUCCGCGAUGGCCGUUGGAAAGCGGAGACAGUCUCGAAGUAGAGACUAUUUUCCUAUGCCUUACCCAAGUGGUAACCUGCAUCACCCACUUGGAAAGAGCCAUCAAUGUUGAGGCUUCGCAGAUGUCGCACCAUCAUUUUCUCGAUCGAAUGGAUUGGUGUCUCCGCCGGUUACUAGACUCGUUGACGCAGCUUUCGCUGCAUCAGGACGAGGCAAAAAAACUCGAGGAUCAGUCGUUUGUGGAGUUAUUGGACCUGGCCCUGGAUCACCUGGAGAAUUACUUGGAAAAACUCAAUGAAAAGGAUAACAACUGUUUGGGCAUCGAAGAAGAUGAAGAGGGUUACCAACUGGCCAGCAUUGUGAACCACAUUGUUCGCCAUGCCUUAGCCUUUGCAAACGUUGCUAUUAAAUCGGACAAGAAGGCUCUGUCCGCACUUUGUGAGACCUUACUUAGUGAAUGUGCCAUCUUCCACGAGGACGCAGGAGAUCCCAACAAUGGUCAUCGCAAGCUGGAAGCCCUUUCCUUGGAACGUGCUCUCUACUCACUGGAAUCUUUUCUUAACGAGGCCCUUCUGCACCUACUUUUUGUCAGUUGGAAUGAACUGGAAAACAAUCCGGUUAAAAAACUAAAAGAUGUAUUAAAAACUGAUUCUGAUGAUGCUCAAGAGCUUAUCUCUGCUUUCGAUACUAACAUGGAUCGUAUUCAGCAGAUUGGAGUACUGGCCAUAGCAUUCUCGCAGGAUAUUAAGACCAAGACCAUCGUCAGGAGUUGUUUGGCUUCCCUGGAGUCCCUGGAUGCCUGCAUUGUUCCUGCCCUACAGGUGCAACAUUCCCCUGCCUCCGAAAAAUACGCCGAUAUACUGGAACAGCAUUUCAACGAGGAGCUUCUGAUAUUCAAAAACGUAAUUCACGAAAUUAUUGACAGUAGCUCGUUGAUCAAUAACUUCUUGGAUAUGUUGGGCGAAAGUGUCCAUAUUCAGGAGAAGAGUCAUUUAAAAUUGAUAAUACAAAUGGGCAAUGUUUUGGUAGAGCACUUUCGAUUGCCCGUUAAUUACGGGGGACUAAGUAAAGAUGGAAAGCGGGUUUACAACGACUUUAUCGUUAUUCUGCGAGAAUGUCAUGCCAUAAUUAACCUGAAAAUUCCCGUGGAUCCAAAACGAAUAGUAAAACGCCUAAAAAUUUUAUAUUCCAUAUUGGCAAAGCUUCGGGACAUAAUAAACAAGGAUAAUCAGGAAGCGGACGAAUCAUUCCUAUCUCCAAAACCGAUUGCCUGCAAUGCCACCAGAACCAUUGCUCGAAACAGUCGAUCGAACUCAAGAAGGCAAAGAACGUCUAUAAAACAGAAAACAGAAACUUUUAUUCAAGAGGAAAGCUUAGCGGACUCCAAAUGGAAUGAAAGCGAUCUAAUAAGUUUUCAAAUAACUGAAAUUUUAAAACUAAACUAAGAAUGGCAGAAUACAUUAAAAAUUAGCAUGUCAUUAAAAAAAAAAAACUAUUAAUUAAAUUCUUAUAUGUAUUGGAUCCAAUAAAACAAAACAA